AUGCAGGAAGUGGUGCAGGUGGCUGCAGACUUGGGCACACCAGCCAUCCCUGCUGUCUGGUUUCCACAGCAUGAAAUCAUUCCACUGCAACACAUUCAUGCCCUGGUGCUCAUGCUGGUUGUCAGUCUCCUCAAGCCAUGUUUAGGACAGUGGCAGGUGGUUGGGCCAGAGAAGCCCAUCCGGGUCUUUGCUGGGGAGGAUGCAGUGUCCUGCUUCCUCUCUCCUGAGGCAAAUGCCCAUGUCAUGGAAGUGCGGUUCUUCAAAGAACACUUCUCUGACAUAGUCCACCUCUACCAGGAUGGUAAAGACCAGAAAUAUAUGCAGAUGCCAGCCUAUCAAGGGAGAACAGAGCUGGUGAAGGACUUCAUCAUGGAUGGGCAUGUGUUCCUAAGGCUGAAGAAAGUCUCUCCCUCAGAUGCUGGCCUGUAUGGGUGCUGGUUCAGCUCCCAGACUCAUGAGCAGGAGGCCAUCUGGGAACUGCAGGUAACAGAGAUGGGCUCAACUCCUCUCAUUUCCAUUGUGGGAUACAUUGGUGGAGGCAUCCAGCUACUCUGUCAGUCCUCUGGUUGGUUAUCCCAGCCAAUAGUGAAGUGGAAAGGUCCAGAAGGAUUUGUAAUUCCUGCACAAUUCAAAGUGAAUAAAGACAUACAUGGUCGAUUUGAUGUGGAGACCUCCCUGACAGUUCAAGAAAAUUCUGGCAUCAUAUCAUGUUCCAUGCAACUUACUGACCAGAGCCCAGAAGUGAAAUCUAGAUUAUUGAUAGGAGAGACAUUUUUCCAGACUUCACCCUGGUUACCACCUUCUAUUGUACUGAUGCUCCUCUGCAUUGGCGGAUGGGAACUUGAGAAUGAACUGGAAUUGGAAAAGAUGCACAGGUGUACAGAAUGGAGAGAAAUCCAAAAACAUGCAGUGGAGUUGACUCUGGACCCAGACACGGCUCAUCCCAAGCUCUACAUUUCUGAUCUGAAAACUGUAAUAUGGAGAAAUGCUCCCCAAGAAGUGGACAUCUCAGAGAAGAGAUUCAUGAGAAUGUGUGUGGUGACUUCUCAGGGUUUCCAGAAAGGGAGACAUUACUGGGAAGUAGAUGUAGGACAUAACAAAAGGUGGUAUUUGGGAGUGUGCUUCGAUGAUGUGGAUAGGAAGCAGUAUGUGACUUUGUCUCCAAUUAAUGGGUACUGGGUCCUUGGACAAGAGACAGAUAAUUGGUGUUUUGUAUUCAUUCCUGAUAGAGUCCACCUCUUCGUAAGAACAAACCCCACACAAGUGGGUAUCUUCUUGGAUUAUGAGGCUGGGAUCCUCUCAUUCUUUAAUUUAGAUGAUAAGUCCCUCAUCUAUACUCUUACACAUCAGUUUAGAGGCUUAUUAAGACCCUAUAUCCAGCAUUGUCCAUACAAUGAGGAAAAUGUGAGUAGCAUAUUCAUUGGUCCAGUGUCACAGAGAAAGAAGCCUUUUUUAAAAAAGCCUCUACACCCUCCCACUUAG